AUGGCGGAGGGCACCGGCGGCAACGGGGGCGGCGGCAGCGGCGGCUGUGGCCUGGAUCCUGCUAGUUUGCCCCCAGGUGACCCGCAGCUCAUCGCCAUGAUCGUAGAGCACCUGAAGAGCCGAGGACUUUUUGACGAGUUCCGACGCGACUGUCUGGCGGACGUUGACACCAAGCCUGCCUAUCAGAAUCUUCGUCAGAAGGUUGACAACUUUGUGACAUCGCACCUGAGCACUCAGGAGUGGAAGCCGUCCAUCAACAAGAACCAGAUGAGGAAUGGACUCCGGCAAAGUGUAGUCCAGUCUGGCAUGUUGGAGUCGGGGGUGGACCGGAUCAUCACUCAGGUGGUGGACCCUAAGAUGAACCACACCUUCAGACCAAACAUUGAGACAGCUAUCCAUGACUUUCUGUCUGGGGAUAAAAGGGAUGACAAUGCUGUCACUUCUGAGCCGCCGGAACCCGCAGGCAACCGCAGCUCGGCCGGACUGUGGAGCUGGACCCGCCAGGGACCAGGAUCUGGAUUUGACAGGACUAGGACGCCCGACAUGGCCACGCAUGUACAUUUGCUGCUUCUUCAACUCGUUCUUUUGGUUCUGCUGUCGCACGUCCGAGCUUCUGACCCACCACGUGACGUCACGGACAAACACACGGCCAAAAGGCGCCAGCUGUCCCUGCAGAGCACAGCGGACAUCCAGAACUGCCUGGCAACCUCCGGGGACGCCGGCUGUGGGACGUUUCAGUGCUUCAAUAACUCAUGCCAGCUGGACGGCCUGCAUCUCAUCUGCGUCACGUUGCUGCAGCACGCCGGACGAUACGACGCGCAGGGCAAGUGGCAGGUGAAGGAGUCCCUCCGUUGCCUGUCUUCGGGGGUGCGACAGCGUCUGAGUUGCGUAAGCCGUCGCUGUACGGCCAUCAGGGAUUUGCUGUCCUCUCUACAGAAGGAAUGUUUCACCAAACACCAGCUGUGUCUUGCUGUACGGGACCACGAGGACACCCUGGGAAGCCUGGUCCACUUCCGCCUACUCUUCCCGCCUGGGCCGCACGCCGAGUUCAUCAACUUCCUGUUGACGUGCGGUGACAAUGUUGGCCUUUGGGUGCAACGCCGCCUGCGUCUGCAAUGCCAAGAGAACUGGGGGGCCCUGUGUGGCAGCCUGGGUGUAACAUGCACCCCCAAAGUGACCAACACCACCACCAGCGCGCCAACCACGGCCGGACAACUAUCACCCGAAGAUGUCAGCGCCACUACUGAUGUUACUCAACACUAA